AUGGAGUUCCCACACAGCUUUAACAUCACCUACUCCUGCUCCUUUUGGGGUCACAACGGUUCCACCACAGCACCCUCCAACUCCACUAUCAUCUCUAACCUGAGACCAGGGAGCCAGUACACCCUCAAUGUCACCACUGUACAAGACACAGGGGGCCAGAGCACACCUGCUUCAAUAUAUCUCUACACUGAACCAUCCCAACCUGGAGAGAUAAUAAUAGACUCUGUGGGAAAUGACUCUGUUUCCAUGAGCUGGGGCAGUCCUGUCGGUAUGGAGUUCCCACACAGCUUUAACAUCACCUACUCCUGCUCCUUUUGGGGUCACAACGGUUCCACCACAGCAUCCUCCAACUCCACUAUCAUCUCUAACCUGAGACCAGGGAGCCAGUACACCCUCAAUGUCACCACUGUACAAGACACAGGGGGCCAGAGCACACCUGCUUCAAUAUCUCUCUACACUGCAGACGUUGUACAAGACAAAGAGAGCCCGAACACACCUGCUUCAAUAUCUCUUCACACCAACCCAGCCCCACCUGGAGAGAUAACAUUGGACUCUGUGGAAACCAAGUUGGUUUCCCUGAGCUGGGCCACUCCUAUGGGUAUGGAUGACAUUCCACACAGCUUUAUCAUCACAUACUUCAGCUUCUAUUGGGAUCACCACGGCUCCACCACAGCACCCUCCAAUUCCACCACCAUCUCCAACCUGAGAGCGGGUAGCGAGUACGUCUUCAAUAUCACCACCGUGCAGGACAACGGGGGCCACAGCACACCUGCUUCAAUAUCCAUCUUCACAAAACCCAAUGAGAAGCACUUGUACCUGAAAUUUGUCUGCAGUUCUACAGAAGAGUCUGCAUGUGAAAAAGAGAAGCAGAAGGUUCAACAGGAGACUGAAGCCAGGCUGGCGAAGCAGCUGAAGGGAUUAUACUGGAAACUGAACUGGAAAGAGAAGACGUGUAAUGAUGAUAACUAGAGGGAGUCCACUUAUAUUACUCUGAUAUUACAUUAAUAACUGGCAUUAUUAUUUGAGCCUGCAGAAUUCUAGUUUUUAGUUAAUUUUGAGUAUUUUAAGUAUGAAUUCCAGUUUUCCUUUAACUAUCUUCAAUGUAAGGUUCUGUGUGUGUGUAAUUAUAUUUAGUGGAUCCACUCUUGCAAUCACCCAAGGGGCAAUAGAAAUGGACAAGAGACUUUGGCAAGAAUGAGGAGUCAUUACUAACAUGAUAUAUUGGUAUACAGGUUGAGUCUAAAGAUAAGAAGCCUGAGUAUUCCAUCUCAGAAAGUUUUGAUUUUGCUAGUGUACUAUCCUUGAAAAUCAGUAAUUAACCUUUGGAAAACAAAUUCUAUACAGAUUAUACUGUAGAUCAGUAUGGAGUACUGGAGAUCGGAUUAGAGAGUGUAUCGUACAUAUAUAAUCUAAUGCAGGUGUGAAAUCUCAUCACUACACUAUGGGGGAUAUCCACAAAGACUUUUACUAGAUAGUGUCAUCUUGUGGAAAAAUACACAAUUCAAGAAUACAUUUGAGCCCUUGAACUUAUCCCUGAGUUUCAAGUUUUGGCCCUUUUUGAAUGGUGCUGAGUGAAUGGAUUUGUGAAUUUCUCCCAAGAUGUCGAGCUGAUUCUUUCUGUUGUGAUGACUUCAAUAUGUACAUAACAUCUGAAGUGGCUUUGGAGUGAAAGCUGAUGGGGAAGAACAGAACAGGGGUUUGACAGGAGUGGAUCUAGUAAACACUAGUAGAGAUUGUAGAAAUCUGUGCUUUACUCUGACUGAUAGGGAGCUGAUUAGGAAAGUCUCUGGGCUACAGUCAUCAAUGAUUUUA